AUGGCGCACCAACCCACCGCGGCAAAGCUGGCCUUGGGCACGGCGACAGAGUCCGAGGAGGCUGCAACGCCGCCGCCCCAGGAGCUUCAUAUCGAAGAGAUCAACCGGGGCGGCCAGAACGCCGCAGUCGUGAGAGACGAAAAUAAGAACAUCGCCUAUCCGUCGUUGGUGCCGCCCGAGGUUACAUCGCCACAACCGAUGACAGCCCCCAACCCGUCCGGAGCACCGCAGAAAGACGACAGGCCGCAAAACGCACCCUCGUCGAAACAUCUGGCCCCUCCGCUCUCUGGACCGUCCGGUGCGAUCAACCACCAAGAGCGCCCGUCCAUCGAACAGAGGUCGAGGACAGAUGCGCCGGCCCGCAAAGCCGGACCCAGCAGCGCAGGCUUCCGUCGCGUACCCAAGCGCGCGGGAACAUCCCACUUGGACAGGGCCCUCUGGGCCGCCAACAGACGCGAUUCGAGCUCGAGCUCGAGCUCAAGCGACUCCUCGGACAACGAGGAUGAAGAUUCGGGAAGCACCGCCGCAAAGAAGGAUGCCCAGAACAGAGCCAACGCGAAACGCCAGAAGGAAAUCGCCGAGCGUUACCGCCGCUUUCACGUCGGAAACGAUAAUUACAACACCAAGGGGAAGGUGAAGAAGGAUGGCCGUCUGCGCAUCUCAGUCAAGGAGACGGCAAACACGGGGUAUUUAGCCAAGGCCCUGGGACAGGCCGUCAAAAAGGUCGUGCCAGUGCCCGAGGGCGAGGAGCGCCCGGACGACCAGCGGUCUGCAACCUCUCGUCUAUCGUCUGCCACCACGGCCACAGCCGAUCGCGAACCGGCACCACGACUGAACAUUGUCAUCAUGGUAAUCGGGUCGCGCGGUGAUGCCCAACCUUUUUUAAAAAUUGGCAAAAUCCUCAAGGAAGACUACGGCCACCGCGUCCGCAUCGCGACCCAUCCCGCGUUCCGCGACUUUGUCGAACAGGACUCGGGCCUCGAGUUCUUCUCCGUUGGAGGAGACCCCUCGGAACUGAUGGCUUUCAUGGUGAAGAACCCGGGAAUGAUCCCGACGCUCGACGCCGUCAAAGCCGGAGACAUCGGCCGACGCAGAUCGGCCAUGGCCGAAAUGUUUGACGGGUUCUGGAGAGCCUGCAUCAACGCCACCGACGACGAAAAAGACGUACACAACGUCAAGAUGAUGGGAGAGAAAGACCCCUUCAUUGCUGAUGCCAUCAUCGCCAACCCUCCCAGCUUCGCCCAUGUCCACUGUGCCGAAGCCUUGGGCAUCCCGCUACAUCUCAUGUUCACCUUCCCGUACACGCCGACUCAAGCCUUUCCCCACCCGUUGGCGAGCAUCAAGAAGUCCAAUGUAGACCCGGGCUACACCAACUUCAUUUCGUACCCCCUGGUCGAGAUGAUGGUCUGGCAGGGGCUGGGCGACUUGGUCAACGACUUCCGCGUCAAGACACUCGGUCUGGAUGCUGUUUCGACGCUGUGGGCCCCUGGAGCCACGUAUCGUCUACACGUCCCCUUCACCUACCUCUGGAGCCCAGGUCUUGUCCCGAAGCCACAGGACUGGGGCCAAGAGAUCGACGUCUCUGGCUUCGUUUUCCUCGACUUGGCCUCGACCUUUGAGCCUCCUAGCGACCUGGAGAAGUUCCUCGACGCCGGAGAGCCGCCCAUCUAUAUCGGCUUCGGCUCCAUCGUCGUCGAUGACGCUGACCGCUUUACUCAGAUGAUCUUCGAGGCUGUGAAACUUGCCGGUGUGCGCGCCCUGGUGUCCAAAGGCUGGGGCGGCCUAGGAGGGGACGAGAUGGAUGUGCCUGACAACAUCUUCAUGCUCGAGAACACACCUCACGAUUGGCUCUUCCCCCGAGUCAAGGCCUGCGUCAUCCACGGCGGAGCGGGAACCACCGCCAUCGCUCUCAAGUGCGGCUUGCCGACCAUGAUCGUCCCGUUCUUUGGCGACCAGCAUUUCUGGGGCAGCAUCUUGUCAAAUUCCAAGGCGGGGCCUGAAGCCGUGCCUUACAAGCAGCUCGAUGCCGAAAAGCUCGCCGCCGGUAUUGGAUACUGCCUUACGGACGAGGCGAAAGAAGCGGCCGCCAAGGUGGCUAAGGACAUCGAGCUGGAAGGCGACGGCGCGAAGAAUGCCGUCAGGUCGUUCCACCACCACCUUACCUUGUCUGGCAUGAACUCCAUGCGGUGCACCAUCCUCAAAGACCGCGCAGCAGUCUGGACGGUCAAGAAUACCAACGUCAAGCUCAGCGCACUCGCCGCCGACGUCAUCGUCGAGCACGGCGAGUUAUCGUGGAAGAAGCUCAGACUACUACGUCACACCGAAUGGAACGAUUUCGAAGGUCCCGGGGAGCCGGUGACGGGAAUAGCGGGCUCGAUCGCCGGGACCAUGGGCAACGUCUUUGGCGGAAUCGGAAGCGUGCCGUACAGACUCGCCAAGACCUCUCACAAACGAAAGGAAAAGAAGGAGAAGAAGCGGAAGCUCAGGGCCCUCAGAGACAAGCGCACAAACGCCAAGAACCGGAACCUCCAGGCCGACGCGAACCUCCACCAACACGUCGAGAUUAGCAACGACGCCCUUCAGACGACCGGCAACCCGCCGGAAGAGGGCAGCGCCAGGGGGGAGACAAACAAAGAGCAACCCCAGGCCGACGGAAAUGCGUCCAGCAGACCGGGAGCUCAGGACCGCCGGGACACAAUGUCUUCCGUCGACACGGGAACCGAUAUCGAAGACGCCGUGGACGAGUACGCCAACGAUGUCGGAGAAGGCGUGAGCAAAUCGGCCCAAGCCCUAGCGAAGGCGCCGGUGAAUCUGUCGAUGGCAAUCGCACAAGGCUUCCACAACGCGCCUCGCUUGUACGGAGACGACACCGUCCGGCGCCCGCCUCGCGUCACCGGUAUCAGCUCCGGUCUCAAAGCGGCCGGCAAAGAAUUUGCAUAUGGCAUCUACGACGGCACAACCGGUCUGGUCCGGCUUCCCGUCAGGGGCGCCAAGAAGGAGGGUGUGAAGGGCUUCAUCAAGGGAACAGGUAUGGGCAUAACGGGGUUUGUCCUCAAGGACCUUAGUGCUAUCAUCAGCCCCUUCGGCUACACCCUCAAGGGCAUUGCCAAGCAGGUCGAGCGGAGAAAGCAGCCUGACCGCGUCGUCCGCCGCGCACGCCUUGUGCAGGGUCAGCGCGAGCGGCGCAAGCAGGCAGACGAUGUCAAGAAGAACCUCGACAAGGACGUCAUGGCUGGCUGGGCCACGAUUCGCGAGCUCAUGGAGACCCUCGAGGCGGAGGAGAAGAAAAAGGGCGUCUGGGGCAUGCUCCAGUCGAAAAAGGACCGGGUCAACAACGCGGCCUUCGAGAGCGUUGACGUUGCUGAGCGCGCGCUCCAGGCGAUCAAGAACGGCCAGGGCAUGGACACCGUCGUCGGCACUGAGAAGGAACUCCGCAAGACGGACGAGAAGCUCAAGAGCCGCGCGACAAGGCACAGCACCGAUACCAGACGGUCUGGGAAGACGGAAACGGCACAACGAUCCACGGACGCGCGCAAGUCCACGGAGAGCCCCAAGAAGCCCGACGACAUUACCGAGAACGAGGAAGGGGAGCAACGGGCCGAGUCGGCGGACCGGGCCGACGCGAAGGGCACCACCGACGCCCAAGACAGCGCCAAGCCCAACGGAAAGGCCCUGGUGAACGGUAGCGAAGAGACCGGACACGGAGGAGGCGGCAGAGACGGAGCCGUGGAGAAAGCGGGAGCUGCUCAGGCGGAGGACGGACCCAGCCGGCUCAGCGUUGAUCGCGCGAGAACGGCACAGGUCUAG